AUGUACGCACAUACACAUACACCACCCUUGCCGUCUCGCAGCGAACAGCAGCCGCCGCCGCCGCCACCACCACUCAUUACAGUUGUCGUCGUCCUCCGUUCGCCGAAUGUCUUCUUGGCUUGCCUCUCCGGCCGCACAGAUCGCCAAGUCAACAUGGCAACUCAAGUCAACGGGCCGUUUGGGAGUGUUCUCGCGACACGACGAGACUGCGAGACCCUCGUCAACUCUUUAGGAUAG